GUGACGUCAGCGCACCUUCAGGAAAAAGAAACGGUGGGAUCCAUGAUCACCUUACGUCUAUGAGUUUUCCUAAUUUGAAUGGCGAGAGGAAAUUCAGACGAGUGACAGCACCUGAGCGGAAGAUUAUCUUUACUUUGAGGAGUUUUUAGAGUCGCGCGCCGUGGCCGUGUGACCACACACACACAUACAAUGUCUGCCUCCGCCGUGUUUGUGCUGGAUCUGAAGGGAAAGGUAUUGAUUUGUCGGAACUACAAAGGCGAUGUGGACAUGGUGGAGAUCGACCACUUCCUGCCUUUACUCAUGCAGCAGGAAGAGGAGGGGCUAAUCUGUCCCGUCAUGUCACAUGGAAAUGUUCACUUCCUUUGGAUCAAGCACAACAACCUUUACUUGGUGGCCACCACAAACAAGAACUCCAAUGCUUCUCUUGUGUAUUCAUUUCUCUACAAACUGGUUGAGGUGUUUACAGAGUAUUUUAAAGAGCUGGAGGAGGAAAGUAUUCAGGACAAUUUUGUGGUUGUCUACGAACUGCUGGAUGAGCUGAUGGACUUUGGAUUCCCCCAGACCACCGACAGCAAGAUCUUACAGGAGUAUAUCACACAGGAGGGUGCCAAGCUGGAGGUGGCAAAGAGCAAGGUCCCGACCACCGUCACCAACGCUGUCUCCUGGAGGUCAGAGGGCAUCAAAUACAAGAAGAAUGAAGUCUUCAUUGAUGUCAUUGAGUCCAUUAAUGUGCUGGUCAAUGCAAAUGGCAGUGUGAUGAGCAGUGACAUUGUGGGCAGCAUCAAGCUGAAGACCAUGCUGUCAGGGAUGCCUGAGCUGCGACUGGGCCUCAAUGACAGAGUGCUUUUCGCUCUCACUGGACGUGACAAAGGGAAGACAGUGGCCAUGGAAGACGUGAAGUUCCACCAGUGUGUUCGCCUCUCACGCUUCGAGAGCGACCGCACCAUCUCCUUCAUCCCUCCAGAUGGAGAGUCUGAACUCAUGUCCUACCGCAUCAACACUCAUGUGAAGCCUUUGAUAUGGAUUGAAUCAGUGAUAGAGAAAUUCUCGCACAGCAGAGUGGAAAUCAUGGUUAAGGCUAAGGGGCAGUUUAAAAAACAGUCUGUUGCAAAUAAUGUGGAGGUGAGGGUUCCUGUGCCCAGUGAUGCCGACUCACCCAAGUUCAAAACCAGCACAGGCCACGCCAAAUAUGUUCCUGAGAAGAACCUGGUGGUGUGGACCAUCAAAUCUUUCCCUGGAGGUAAAGAGUAUCUAAUGAGGGCUCACUUUGGUCUGCCCAGCGUGGAGAAUGAUGAGAUGGAGGGAAAGCCUCCCAUUACUGUCAACUUUGAAAUCCCAUAUUUCACAGUCUCAGGGAUCCAGGUGCGAUAUAUGAAGAUCAUAGAGAAAAGUGGCUACCAAGCUUUGCCAUGGGUCCGGUAUAUCACACAGAGUGGAGAUUACCAGCUGCGGACAAAUGCUUAAAACCUAUGGACUAUUCCUCCCCUCCACAGCAGCCAGAAGCCCGUCCAAUGAUCCCUUUAACCAGACUCCAGAAGAAUGUCUUUAAAUUUCACCUGCUUUGCUUGAUGUCAGAGGUUUUAUUUUAUGAAAAUAGCAUGAUUACUGUUUUUAAUGGUGUGGUUAUUAGACCUUUGCAAAUUAAAAAUUCAACUG